ACGGUACCUAGUAAAAUGGUGAUAGCACCAUCUCUGAUUAAUACAAACAAGGGACUCAGAGAUACUCAUUUAUACUUUUAGAGGUGCAUCGGUGCUCUUUCAUUCAAACUAGCCGUAACAAAGACAUUAGAGGCACUGUCAAAGGACCAUUUGAAUUCUACGACUGCAGACCAAUUGCCUUGACUCAUCUCAAAGCUCCCAAAAAUGGCAGAAGCCUCAAUAUUACGCUUUCCCAUCUCGGGCAAAGAAAGUGGCAGAUACUUCCUCCUAGAGGUGUCCUCCAAUGGAUCGCGGUUAUUAGAUCUCAAGUUGGUUGGGUCAGAAAGCACAGCUGUGUUCACAAUGAAAUUACGCCAUAAAAGGGUCGGCGACUACAAAGCAUCUAGUGGCCCUUGCUCCCAUGAAGAGUGGGAAGAGAUCCUGGUUUCAACAUUAGUCAAUCAGCAGCCAGUACCUGACAUCGAGAUUAGAGCUGAUGCUCAUUCGGAUGGCACCUCGGUCUCUAUCUCUUUUCGAAAGAAUAUCCAGGGUAUUACACAACGUCUUGGGUCUAUCAAGCUAGAAGAAGAUGACAAGACCGAAAUUUCCCCUUUCGAUUGGUGCAUUUCAGCUCUUGGAGCCCGAGAGAAAGUUGGGGAGGAUCUGGCUGCUGCUAACCUCAAGAUCCAGUCCCUCGAGGAUUCUCUUGUCGAGCUCAAAGGUCAAUUGGAUGAAUUUAUCAAGGCAAAGGAUGAGGAUGAGACGCAGUUGCUUGAGAAGUUCCGAGACCUAAUAAAUGAGAAGAAGGUUAAGAUCCGGCAGCAGCAGCGUCUACUAGCAUCGGCGAGUAUUGAUCCCGAAAAACUCGCAAACGUCAAUGGUGUCCAGAUCACACGGAAGCGCGUACCUGAAUCAUCUCGUGCUUCCAAGCGAAAAGUGAAAGAGGAAGAAGAAAGCAGUGAUGAUGGAUUCGAGAGGAUGGAUGUCGAAGAGGGUAAUAAUGAGAAUGCGCAGGCAGACGUUGAGGAGGAUCAUGGGGAUACUACAGCAGGCGAGACGGCAAGUGAAGCAGACACAGACGAAGAGCCAGUACCCCCACCGGUCAAAUCCCGGAGGAAUCAGGCUACUGUACCGACACGCAACACUCGUGCGUCAACGUCGGUAGAAGGAAACUCUCAAUCUGAGGCUUCACAGGAGGAGAGCAAACCACUUCCACCACCCCGAAGUUUACCGUUUAUGAGAAACAAGAAGCCUACAACUCCAGCACGGAAACCAGUUGACGACGAAGAAACGGAGUCUGAUGAUGAAUUAUGACCGUAUGACAAUUAGGAUAAUGAGACCACGCAUUCACGAGCGAUUUUAAUGGUUUUUAAAGGACCUCUAUUGUGUGCAUCUCGUUGCUUCCAUGUCGCCUAAUGGUAGCACGGAAUGGUCAGAAUAGUGCGUUUGCAGAAUUGGAUUUAGCAUAGGUAGGUAACUACAUCGAUUUCGAUGUAGUGGCAAGAGCGCCUAUAUUGCUAAGCUAUUGUUCCCAUCGAGAUUUAACACGAUACUAUUUGGUUAUAUCAAAACCCCCUAUCCGAACCUCAAAUUUACUAGACGCCUUAAUGUCGUGCUA